AGAAUACUCAUAUCAACAAAGUGCGCAGAAAAGACUUGUGUUGGUCUGUGAGGGCAGUCUAUGAUCUAUGAAAGCUACCAGAUGUAAGUGAGCCCGGCCUGGGAGAGGCGGGCCGUUGUAGGUGGGCUCCACAUGUCAGUGACUGUUUGCUCCUGCGACGACGAAUCUGUGCCGACCUUGUUUCACCGCCUCCGCCUCCGAUUCGACCUCCGCGGCCGCCAUGAAAUUGGAGCUUCCGGGAGGAGGAAAUCUCGAGAAGUAGAGAGAGAAGACCACAGCGUGGGCGAGCGCGUCGGCGUCAUUGAUUCCGGCGACAUGAAGCCCCCCGCCGCGGCCGCGGCCGGCAACAGGGCUGGUGGGGUGGAUCCGUCGAUACCGCGGUUCAAGUGCCAGGAGUGCCACCGCGCGCUCGUCGUCGUCGGCGUGGACUCCUUCGCCGCCGAUAAGCUCCCGGCUCAGGCCACCUCUGGGCAUGUAUCCUCUGUUCAUGGAAGUAUUAUGGGAGCUAGCAGGAUGGAUAAUUCUUAUGUCGUGCUAUCCAAGCAAAACAAAUCUCAUGGCCAUGGAAUUCCCCCACGCCCACCGAGUGCAGCAGCCCCACAUAUCGAACCUAACCAGCCAACAAGAGCGAUGGAGGGUUCAUAUAUAGUGCUUCCACCUGCUGCUGCUUCCAUAUACAAGACAUCUACUUCUGAAGGAGGUGGUGCGCAGUUGCCACCACCAAGUAUCAAUUCCAGCAGUUUGUUAACAGGAAAUAGUUUUCACUCUAACGUGACUGUAUUAAAACGGGCAUUUGAGAUUGCUACGUCACAAACUCAGGUUGAGCAGCCAAUGUGUCUGGGCUGUAUGAGGUUGCUCUCUGAUAAGAUGGAUAAGGAGAUUGAAGAUGUUAAUGCUGACAUUAAAGCUCAUGAAGUUUGUCUUCAACAUUUGGAGCAGGAAUCCUACAAUGUCCUCAGCGAUGCUGGUUUUCAGGAGGAGAAACUGAAGAUUGAAGAAGAAGAAAAGAAGCUUAACGCUGCUAUUGAAGAAGCUGAAAAGCAAUAUUCAGAAAUUAGUUCUGAGAUGAAGGAUCUUGAAAUAAAAUCUAAAGAAUUUGAAGAAUUGGAAGAAAGGUAUUGGCAUGAAUUCAAUAGCUUUCAGUUUCAGUUGACAUCUCACCAGGAAGAAAGAGAAGCAAUUUUGGCAAAAAUAGAAGUUUCACAGGUUCAUCUGGAAUUGCUGAAGCGAAGAAAUGUUCUCAAUGAUGCAUUCUAUAUUUCACAUGAUGGAGUAAUUGGAACAAUAAACAACUUCCGACUCGGACGCCUUCCUAAUGUACAGGUUGAAUGGGAUGAGAUAAAUGCUGCUUGGGGUCAGGCUGCUCUUCUUUUGCAUACCAUGGCUCAGUACUUCACCCCAAAAUUUGAGUACCGGAUUAAGAUUCAUCCUAUGGGUAGCUACGCAAGAGUCACAGAUAUCCACAAAAAUACAUAUGAACUUUAUAUCAUGCUAACCAGGUUUGGUCCCGUGGAUUUAUUCUGGAGCACACGUUUUGACAAAGCCAUGACAUGGUUUCUGACCUGCCUGCAAGAUUUUGCUGAGUUCGCUAUUAGCUUGGAUAAAGAGAACAAUGUACCACCUGAGAAGUCAUUAAAGCUCCCAUACAAGAUUGAUGGUGACAAGGUAGGGAGCCACACAAUCUUCUUAAGUUUUAAUAAAGUGGAGAACUGGACGAAAGCACUAAAAUACACGUUGUGCAACUUGAAGUGGGUCCUCUACUGAUUUAUCGGCAAUACGAGUUUCGCACCACCCCCUGGAUCUUUGUGUGCAGCGCAAUCAUCUAAGAGAAAUUUAGGGUUUCGAGUUUAGCUCAAGAUUUUGGUGAGGAGUGUUGCUGGUGCACUUUGUAAACACUAGUUGAUGCAAUAAAAUCAAAAAGUUUCAAUCUACAUCUUCAAGUUUGUCAUCUACCGGUGUUUAUGGGUC